CUCUCCGCACACACUCACACAGUCUCUCUCUUUCUCUCCCCACAUUCCACAGUCCCAACAGUGGAGAGAGAAAUGAUGAGAUGAGAUGAGAUGAGACAGAUUAGAGAUACAGACACUGCCAUUACUGACGUCUACGGUUUCCUCUUCUUCCAACUAGCUCACAGCCAAAAAGCAACGAACACAACAAAGUGAAGCAUACCUCCGUUUCCCCCUUUUGUCCCCAUUCUCGCCUCCGUACUCAUCCUCAAAGUGUCCGUUUUCUUCUUCCAUAGCUUCAUCCUCUGUCUCUCAUACUUGUAUAUAAUUCUCCUUGUAAAUCCCAGUCUAUGUUGUUCACAUUUUGAGAUAUCUUCUUCUGUUUUGGGUAAUUGAGAUCAGCAGUCAAAGAAAUGGAUGGAAAUCAUCAAAUGGAGGUGCAUUACAUGAAUACUUUUGGCUAUCCUUAUAAUGCUUCAGACAGUUUUGUGGACUUUUUUGGAGGUCUUCCACAAGCCCCUUUACCUUAUAUUCACCCUCCUCCACCAAUGCCUCAUGAUCAUCAGGAAUCUGCAUAUUGGUCAAUGACUAUGAAUUCUUACAGAUUUGGGUUAUCUGGCCCAGAAAAUGCUCCCUAUUAUAGCCCUUAUAUUGUAAAUGAUGACUUUAUGAGGAUGGACUACAACCGGAGACCAUGGGAUUAUCCUUCUGUUAUGAAUAUACAAGAACCGCCAGUUGUAGAUAUGCCUUCGGAAGAGAUCCAAGCCCCCAGUAUGGAGGCGAACCCAGCCCCCAGUAUGGAGGCCAUCCCAGAAGAAUCUCAAACCUCUGCAGACAACAUUAAUGAGCAAGAUUCUGGUGGUACUCAGGCUGUUUGGGAAGAUAAUAUUGAUCCUGACAACAUGACUUAUGAGGAAUUACUUGAGUUGGGCGAAGCAGUUGGGACUGAAAACCGGGGACUUUCACAAGAACUUAUUGAUUUACUUCCGACCUCAAAGUACAAAUCUGGGGGAAUUUUCUCCAAAAAAAGAUCUACUGAGAGAUGUGUCAUCUGCCAAAUGAGGUACAAAAGAGGGGACCGGCAAAUAAAUUUGCCAUGCAAACAUGUAUACCAUGCCCAUUGUGGAUCGAAAUGGCUCAGAAUUAACAAGACAUGCCCAAUAUGCAACACUGAAGUAUCAAGUGAAGAAUCCAACCAAUGAAGAUUUCAAAUAUCAAAUGGCAAAAUAGAUUAACAUCUGCAAAGUUUUAUAGAUCUGCAAUAGUUUUCCCCUUUUAACAUACAUAGAGCUAGUUUAUUUUUGACCUUGUUGUUAUAGUUGGGUUUAGAAUUUUGUAAUGUAGAAGUUUAUAGUAGCUUUUUGUACAAGGGAAGCAAUGGAACAGGAAGCUUGAAGGAUAUAGGUCCUUGAAUGCUUAUUGAUGAUUAGCUCCAUGCUGUCUUCAACAGUUUUAUUGAUUAGCUUGAUAGCUUCAGGGGAAAUAUAUUUCUUGCUGCCGGAAGCUAAUGGAAAAAGUUGAUCGAUUUGCUUCA